GACUGCCUCAACAAUGCGACAACAUCGCUAUCCAUAUCGACCGUGUAUGUACGAUCUGAGCCUUGGUCAGGUCGAUGUUUUCCUUACUGAGCUUAUCCCCCUGCUGGUAAAGUAUGGCGAUUCUACGCAAUCUGGAUGAGGACCAUCUCAGCGGGGUCUCUCACGACAAGCCAGCCCACCUUUCGCGCGCCGCACAUUCCAAUGGAGACCAGGAAGCAGUAGCGGACGACAGGCCCAAUCCCAACGUGACCUCUGGAUUUUCAGCCAUCCUUAGCUGUUAUCCUGUCGUUAUACAGCUCGCCAGUCUGCUCGACCUCAACUCUCUUGACAGUCUCGCGCGGACCUGUCGCCAGUUUCGCGCAAAUCUCCUCGAGAAUCGCGCCGCACUCAUCAAGCAUACUCUACGUUGCAGCUUCGAAUACACCCCCGAACAACCCUGGCGGUUAGUCACCAGUGAAGGGCGCCAUCCAGUCACUCUCUGCGCGCGAGAUCUGGUCGGAGAGUGUCAGAACUGCGGAAUCGUCGUCUGCCGGAAUUGCACAAUCAAGCCGCCACCUACCCCCCGCCUGCGUGCCCGUCAUCGUCGCCUCUGUCGGACAUGCGCAACAGCUCCGCUCGAACUGCUGACCGCACCGCAAAAACCUCGCUCUUCUUCCAGCGGCUCCGCAUCCCCUCCACCCUCAUUAAGCCACACUUCCACUCCCGCGCGCAGUGCACCUGCCCGAGCCUUCACAGCUUCCGCGUUCGAGCGGCUUCCUUGCUGCUGCGUGGAUACAGUCUAUCUAUGCCAGCCGUGUGGUCAGAAUUUAGCAACCAAGGACGUGAUGUACGUUCGAGCAUGGAGCUGGCGCACACGCUAUAGCCACUAUCUGGGCGGAGUUGGCACCGGUGCCGGGGAGGGGAAUGAAGGAGUCGAAUGUGGCAGGGGACAAAGCUGUCUUGCUUCAAAGAUCGUAGAGCACGAGAUUGAAUGUGAUCAGGAGACACUUGCAUCAUUAGAAGGCUCUUCCCCCGAUCGAUGGAAAGGAACAAGCUAUCAUGCUCAAGAGAUUGAGGGAGUCGGUGGUGGAUUCAAGAUGAAGGCCAAGAAGUAUGUCCGUGUGGGCGAUUGUGUCAAGAUCUACGAGGACGAGAAGGACAGGUCGAGUUCUUACCUGGAGCGAGAGGCCAGUGGCAAGCUCAGAAGCUGGUGUUCGUGGUGUCAGCGAGUCAUUCUUGGAGAGAAAGACCGCGCCGAAGCAUCGAGAGAGGGUCGUUCAUCCAGUGAGGAUAGUUCUUCAUCGGAGUCCUGAUGUGCUCGCAUGCCAUGGACAAUUCACACUGUGCCUCUGUUGGUGCGCUGUACGACGAAGCCAUGGUUACUCGUGGGGAAUCUUACCUGUUCUCACACAAGGAAGCUGCCUGGCCUUUGAGAAAGGAGGAAGGCCUUUCGAAGGCAAAGUUCAACGACAUGGAACAAAACUAUGUAGCGAGGCAUAAUACUGAGGGGACAUAAUGCUGGUCAGAGGGUGAGCUGGACCGGCCGAGGUAGGGAAGGCCAGUUGAGGGCUCAAGAGAGAUGGUACAGGAUUCGUCCGGUGGGUCGACCAUAUAUACACGACAACGUGCUAGGACUGGGAAAUCUGUAUCCCAAAUAAUGAGCCCGCUUCAAUCUU